CCGCUCCGCGCCCGCCCGCGGCGCGCUGAGCCCGCAGUCCGGGCAGGCGGGAAGUCGCCAGGCCUAAAAAAGCGGGACAGCGCCCGGCGCCGCUCCCGCCGUUAGCCCCUUGCCCGUGGCGAAUCUACCGCGGCGAAUGUGGGGCCGGGCCGGCGGGGACCGCCUGGGAGCGGCCGCGGGGCCGGUAAAGGCUGGGACGACUCCGGCGGAGGUCGAGCGGCCCGUGGGGCUCGGGGCGCCCGGCAAGGGCAGCGCUCGCCGGGGCUGCGAGACCGCCCGCCGGGCUGCUCGCGGCUCGUGUCUGCCGCGCCCCGCUGAGGGUGACUGGGGACGGCUCCAGCUCCCUCUCUGCCACGGGAGGUGAAUUCCUGUCAGCGCCAGGCAGAGUUGUCGGCUCCGCUGUGAGUCGACCUGACUGCCAGUGUAUUUAAAAGCAGAAAAAGAAAAGUUAAAAGGUGAAGCCUCUGGGAAAGCCCUGUCAGAGAGGAGCCCCAGGGGACGCCCCUGGCCGUCAGCCAUGGCCGUACCUAUCGCGGUUCUUGACUGCGACCUCUUGCUCUAUGGCCGCGGACACAGGACUUUGGAUCGCUUCAAGCUGGAGGAUGUCACGGAUGAGUAUCUCGUAUCCACGUAUGGCUUUCCCCGACAGUUCAUUUGCUACCUGGUGGAUCUCCUGGGAACCACUCUCUCACGCCCUACACAGCGGUCCAGGGCCAUCAGUCCAGAGACGCAAAUCCUUGCUGCGUUGGGUUUCUAUACCUCUGGCUCCUUCCAGACUCGCAUGGGGGAUGCUAUUGGCAUUAGCCAAGCCUCGAUGAGCCGCUGCGUUGCCAAUGUAACUGAGGCACUGGUGGAAAGAGCCUCACAGUUCAUUCACUUUCCUAAAGAUGAAGCUACUGUACAGACCCUGAAGGAUGACUUUUAUGGGCUGGCAGGAAUGCCGGGAGUGCUGGGGGUGGUUGACUGCACUCACGUGGCAAUCAAAGCGCCAAAUGCUGAGGACUUGUCCUAUGUGAACCGAAAGGGUCUCCAUUCCCUGAACUGCCUCAUGGUGUGUGAUUCCAGAGGAGUCCUCCUUAGUGCUGAAACGCACUGGCCAGGCAGCCUGCCUGACUGCGCAGUGUUAGAGCAGGCAGCCCUCACAAGCCAGUUUGAAACUGAGCUACAUAAAGAUGGCUGGCUACUUGGUGACAGCUCCUUCUUGCUCCGGACGUGGUUGAUGACCCCUCUGCACAUUCCCGAGACGCCUGCAGAGUACCGCUACAACAUGGCCCAUUCUGCCACUCACAACGUCAUUGAGCGCACGUUCAGAACCAUUCGGGCGCGGUUCCGCUGCCUCGACGGCUCCAAAGGCACUCUGCAGUAUUCUCCAGAGAAGUCCAGCCACAUCAUUCUGGCCUGCUGCGUGCUUCAUAACAUCUCCCUGCAACAUGGGCUGGACGUGUGGUCUGCACCAGCCACAGGACACAUGGAACAGUCGGAAGAAGAAUACGAUCAAAUGGAAUCAGUGGACUCGGAAGCCUGUCGUGUUCGUCAGGAACUCUUACUUACUCAUUUUAGCUAAUGUUCUGACAGAGAGAAGGCUUUUAACAGUUCAUCUGGGAAGUUAUCUAGAGCAAAUAUGCCCCUUCAUCUUCUUUAAGCCUGUAAAGACUUAAGCAGAUGUGAGAUGAGAAGUAAUAUACUCUCUUCAUUUCAGGCAAAUUUCUGAACUUCUCUCAGUCUCUCCAGAGGUUCAGUUUAAUUGGUACAUUUUUGCUGUCAUGAUGUUUACAGGCCCCCAUUCACCUGACUUAGAGAACAACGACUAAUGUGACAACAGUGGGAAAAUUAGGGAAAUUGUCUUUUAUAGUGAUGGAAAAUCUGUAAACCUAGCAGUGUUUUACAAAGCAACAAUUUUAUUCCACUGUGUAACUCAAAACACUUAUGAUUGAUUUUUUUAAACAGUAUUUUGCACAAAUUAAAUUUCCACAUGAG